AUGGCUGAACGCUCACAAUCACUCCAAGGCUUUGCAGCCUCAAUAGAAACUGCAAGGCACGAGUUAGAUGCCAUGCAUCUAGAAAAUGAACCCACCUCAUCCUCAACCACUCCAGAAAUGUCAAAUAGUCCAGCGACUCCUGGAUCUCCCGUAAACAUGACCGAGCUUUCAACUGCGGAUUCGUUUGCAUUUGCCUUCGAUAUCGAUGGCGUCCUCGUUCGCGGUGGCAGGCCCAUCCCAGAGGCUAUUGAGGCCAUGAGGGUUUUGAACGGCGAAAAUGAGUACGGCAUGAAAGUACCAUAUAUCUUCCUUACCAACGGUGGUGGCAAGACAGAGGCAGAACGUUGUAUUGAUCUGUCUGGCCAACUGGACAUUGUUGUCUCCCCAGCACAGUUCAUUUGUGGCCAUACCCCCAUGCGGGAAAUGGUCGAGAAAUACAAAACUGUUCUUAUCGUUGGUGGCGAAGGCGAGAAAUGCAGACAAGUCGCCGAAGGCUAUGGCUUCCGCGAUGUGAUUACCCCUGGCGACAUCAUCAAGGACAACGAGGCCACAACCCCUUUCCGGAAGUUGACCCCAGAAGAACAGGCCAACUCGAGAAUACGGAACUACGGCGAGACCAAGAUCGAAGCUAUUUUCGUCUUUGCUGAUAGUCGUGACUGGGCUGGCGAUGUCCAAAUCAUGCUCGACCUCGCCAUGUCCAAAGGCGGCUAUAUCGGCACUCUUUCAGACACCUUCGACGAGGGUCCACCCAUCUACUUCUCUCACAACGACAUCGUCUGGUCAGCCGCCCAUGACAAUGUCCGUCUCGGCAUGGGCGCCCUCCGGAAGACAGUUGAGACGCUAUUCAAGAACAUCACGAGCAAGGACCUCGAGACCAUCGCUUUCGGAAAGCCUCAAAUCGGCACGUUUCAAUUUGCCACCCGCCUCCUACAACAGUGGCGAAAGGACGAACAUCGCAUCAACCGACCUCCGGAGACCGUCUAUUUCGUCGGCGAUACCCCCGAGAGUGACAUUAGAGGCACCAACGAAUUCAACGAAAAAGCGAAGAACACCUGGUACUCAAUUCUCGUCCGCACAGGUGUUUACCAAGAAGGCACUGAACCCGCCUACAAGCCGCAAGUCACCGUGGAUACCGUGCUGGACGCGGUAAAGCACGGCAUGAAGAGAGAAGUCGAAAAGAAGAAAGCCCAGGGCGCGAACAGCAUGCUUCCUCUCGACAACCUCGAGCUGAAAGCCCUAUCCCUGGAUGGCGAAAAGACUGCUACUACCCAUCCCAGGAUCUCGAUCUUGGAAUGCAGCGGACCAAAUACACCCGCGGGAGCGUCGACUCCGAUUGCUUAG